CUCUUUCAUAAGCUAGCCAGCUGCCCCUCCUUGCUAUUAAUUUGAUUCACUUACCUAUCACCUCUCCAUUUCAUUUUCUAAACUCUCUCAAUCUUCACUAACCAACUGUUUAUAAACACAGACUGCUUAAAGCUUUUUAUUGCAGCUAGCCUUCCACAUGGGAAGGCACUCUUCUUGUUACAAGCAGAAGCUGAGGAAAGGGCUUUGGUCUCCUGAGGAAGAUGAUAAACUUAUCAAACAUAUCACAAAACAUGGUCAUGGCUGUUGGAGUUCUGUCCCUAAGUUAGCAGGACUUCAGAGGUGUGGGAAAAGCUGUAGGUUAAGGUGGAUUAAUUAUCUGAGACCUGAUCUUAAGAGAGGAACAUUCUCAGCUCAAGAGGAGAAUAUGAUUAUUGAGCUACAUGCAGUUCUUGGAAACAAAUGGUCUCAGAUUGCAGCUCAGUUACCUGGGAGAACCGACAACGAAAUCAAGAAUCUAUGGAACUCAUCCAUCAAGAAGAAGCUAAGGCAAAAGGGCAUUGACCCCAACACACACAAACUCCUCUCUGAGGUUGAAAAUGAUAAGGAUCAGAAGGCGUCCGCGAGCAAUAACAAGGCAUCUGAACAAGACUCGUAUGAGCUGAAUUAUGAAACCUCGAAUCAAGAAUUGGUAGAGGAGAAGCCUAACCAUCCAUACACACUAAUUGAUAAUUUGACAGCACCUACUCAUGAAUUCUUCCUCAACAGGUUUGUGAGUUCACAUGAUCAAGCCUCGACCUCUAAGCCUCAAGAUUUAGGGAAUUAUCUGUCUUUUGAUUAUGGUCGUUCGGAUAUAGGCCUUACUGUGAACCAAAAUACUAGCAAUCUCUUCUACAAUCCAGUGCCCAAGUCAUCAGAGAUGAUGUCUGAAUUGAUAGCUUCUUCACCCGCGAUCAUCCCAUCAAUAUCAAACACAUUUCUCUCCAGUCCAUCAAGUAUGAAGCCUUCCAUCAGUCUCCCAGACUCUGAUCCUCAAAUGGGAUCUUUUCAUCUUCUCAACAGGCUUCAGAAUUGGGACACCAAUACACUCACCAAUAGUAACACUAGUGAUGAUUCUUUUCGAUGGGGAGCUCAAGAUGUUGGGAAACUAGAGAAAGAUCAAGGCCAUGACAUUCAUUCAGUCCAAGGACAACACGACAACAUCAAAUGGAACGAAUACCUUCAAACUCCAUUUUUACAUUCUGCACUACAAAAUCAAAAUUCUCAAGAGCUGUACAAUGGUCAAGACACUAAACCAGAAACGCAAUUCAUGGCGAAUUUGCCAUGGCAUCAAAGCCAGCAACCGCAACCACAGCCUAUGCAAGCUGCAGCCACAGAUGUAUAUGGUAAGCAUUUUCACAGACUGCCAGCCACCUUUGGACAAUUUUCUUGAUUAUUAGCCUAAAUGGAAAGCCUUCAAUUUCAAAGGGUGUGUGCUAUAGAUGUUUUUGGUGUUGUCCUUUUCUUUUCGAAACUAUAUUUAAAUUGUGUAAAUAGGCCUGAUACAAGAAUAUCUCAGCAUUGCUAUACCUGAAUACUAUAGAAAAUAUUCUUAUGACUGCUAGUCCUAUUUGGUAUGUACCGGUAUAGAAUUACAUAAUAAGUAUCAGCUGCUAUAAAUUUAUGUUUUGGAUUUUAAA